AUGGGAAAUAUCUGUGGAAAAUCCGAGCCCGACCACUUCGCUCAGCCUGGCCGUACGCUCUCCUCCGCUCCUCCGCCCAGCAAUACCAAGACGUCCGCUGUUCCUAAGAAGGUUGGCGGGCCUCCAAGGACGCUGGGGUCGAGUUCAUCCGCUGCAAACGCCGGAGGCAGCGAGCAACAGGAGGAUGCGCGGAGGAAGGCGGCUGAAGCUGCUGAGGCAAGAGCGAAUUCGGCGAACAAACCAAAGGGGAAGCUGGGCAGUCAGUUGCAGGAGCAGAAGAAACAGACAAGGACGGACACAUUGGACACUGCAAGUAGAGAGGAGCGGAGGUUGAGGGAGGCGGAUGCUGUGGCGGAAGCAAGAGCGCAUAAUUGA